GGCUGUCAGCCGUGGAUAAGGCGGGAUCAUUCCAGCGGCGACUGUCAAGAUUGGCAAAGGACUGGUGUUGCCGAACGCAGGUAAAAGACGGAGCCACAUCAAAAAGGAAUCAUUUAUCCCGGGAAGAAAGCACGUCCUGGGAUGGGAACCGGCCGAGGCCUUCGCGCGGAACAACAACCACAACAGCGAGGUAUUUAAGUUUAGUGGAAGAAGAAGGCGAGGAAGGCUUGAGCCCUUGUGUCAACCGUCGCUGGUCUGGCGGGCACGCUUUGCCACUGCAGCAAGUUGGACAGCUGCGUGCUCGACAGCCAUCAACAAAGAAUGAAAGCCUUCAAGCGAACUUUGGAAGAAGAGCAUCACAUGGAUCAAGAGCACUCUUCCGCCAUGUCGGACAGCGAUGACGGUUCCCCCCUCAACCUGUCAGGAAGGGGGCUCUUUGCGAAGCGCCGUCGCCGCGGCAACCUGCCCAAGGAGGCGGUGCAGAUUCUUCGAAGCUGGCUGUACGAGCACCGCUUCAACGCCUACCCCUCCGAGCAGGAGAAGCUCAGCCUUUCCAGCCAGACCAACCUCUCCGUGCUGCAGAUAUGCAACUGGUUCAUCAACGCCCGCCGCCGCCUCCUUCCUGACCUCCUAAGAAAAGACGGCAAGGACCCCACCAAGUUCACCAUAUCCCGCAAGUUUAACGCCAAGGGUGACGGCCACGCCGCCCCCGGAGGCGGCAGCAGCUCCCCCGAGUGCCACCCUUCCACCGGCUCCUCCCAGCAGCGCCCGUCUGUCAUUCGCUCGGCUUCGUCGUUGGACCUCAGUGUCCUUGGGAGCACCGCCACCGCCAUCCUGACGGGGGCGGGCUACCCCGGCAAGGACGGCUCGGUUCAGGCGCUGAUGAGGCUGGACACGCAGAGUCUGCUGAGGGAGGCGGAGGAGCGGGGGGCCAACACAUCGGCCAGCCCGACCGGCGGGCUCUUCAACACGCCCCCCCCGACACCCCCGGAGCUCUUUCCCACCCAGGACUUCAGCGACCUGAGGCUUCUGGUUGACGCAGCUCUACAGAGGGCAGCGGAGCAGGAGAACCUGCACCGGAUCCAGGAGAGUCCGACUCUUAAAGAGACGGUGAAGGCGGAGGCGCGAAGUGACCUGGGCCCCACCCCUCCACCCGAGGACGGCCAGCAAGUCUUGGAUCCCUGCAGAGUCCAGAGUCUGAUGGAGAAGGCCAUGGCGGUGCCAGCCGUCACUACGGCGACGCCCGUAUCCGCUCCAGCCUCGGUCUUGGUUUCUGCCCCGCGGCUGCCCCCCCUCUCCGUGACCAAAGUCAUCUGGAGUCCGUUGGAGAAGGAUGGCGUCCGGGCCUCCAGCCCCAAGCAGCUCGUCCCAGCCCCCGUGUCAGACGCCAUGUUGGGGCAGCGGAGUUGUGAAAAGCUCGCCGCCGCCGCAGAUUCCACCCCAGGGUCAACCAGUCCGAGUCCGUCACUGCCCCUGACCAGGCCAGCGCCGGUGCCAUCACCAGUAGGUUCUACCUCCACGACCCCAACGAGCCAGGAGUCCCCGCCAGCGCUUGGGGUUGUUCCAUCCGCCCCCACCCCAACCAUCACCUCGUUCACAGCCCCAAGAACUGUCCCCCUUUACCUGCCCUUCCACAAAUCCCAGUUUUUCCCAGUGGCCUUUCAGCCGCCCGUGUCGCCCCCCCUUGGCCCCUCCCCGGUGUCUACCUCCGGCCAAGCUGCAGCGCCCCCGCUCUUGCAGGCGUCCAGGUCAACAGUCCCCCCUCAUCUUGGCUUCGCCCCCCACCUCCCCACCAGCGCCAGCAGCACACGGAGUCCUGGGGGGGCGCCCAGUGUUUGGAGCAUGGUCCAUGCCGACACCAGACAGCCCAGUCGUGUAGUGAAGCCCCCCAUGGCCGGCGCCGUGUGGGGGCCACAACACACGGCCUGCACACAGUGAGUGGGGGCGGCCGCUUACCUUUUUAUCUUUUUAUGGCCGAAAAACACAAAAACACAAAAACAAAGUGAAUGUAUUUCAUCACCACUCCUCAUAGAGACGCAUGUGCCUGUGGAAUGGGGGGGUCGG